AUGCCUACGCCCGGCGGCACUAAGCGCAAGCAAGGCGAGCGAACAUACGCAGGCGAUGAGGUCUCAAGGCCUUCGCCGUACCGCCCCCAGGAUCAGCGUUUGGCCCAGCAAUCACAGUCACCCAGUAGCAAUCGCGGAUCGCCCUAUCACGAAGGUCGACCCAGAGCUGGACGACGUGUGAGUCGCGGUGGUGGUAGAGGUGUUCCCUCCGCAAACCCUUCUGUAGCCUCGCCCGACCCCGCGCCUACUGUGCAAGAAUCUAGGCCAACGCCAGCUCCUACAGACGCUCCUCCCGAUACAACCAUGGCCAACACGUCCACAAAAGUCCCAGAGCCAGCUGAGGAGGUCCUGCUUUCGAUACCGUACAGCUACUCCACCGUUACGGACGAUGUUUGCGCCGCAUGGGAAGAGCAAGGAAGACAAUCUGUUCUCUCGCAACUGACGGAGGCAGUCACGGGAGGAGACGAAACGACGACCUCCCUCAUCGUUCAAGAGUUGGUACAGUCAGUCCUGGCUGGGCGUGUGGAUGCGACCAAUGCUGGCCAACUCAUCACCGAUGCCAUUGAGCAUACGCAGACUGUCGAGGGCGAUGCAGCAAGCUUCGAUCUGCACACCAUAGUCUCCGACUCAUUCUCUGUGGUUUGCGAAGACAGUCCGACAUUUCCAAUCAGUCGCCUUGCCAACUUUAUCCUCGCCGCUCGAAUCGAUCACGGCGCCUUGCAGCAUGAGCUCGAUUCGAAGCUACUGGAGAAGCUCGGGCUAAUCAGAAACACCUUCGAUCGUAUGUCCAUCCGCAAGCAGACCAACAUCGUUUACAGACAGGCAAAUUUCAAUCUGAUGCGGGAAGAGUCCGAAGGCUUUGCGAAGCUAGUUACGGAAGUCUUUAGCAGCAGCCUGACAGACGAGCCUUCGGGCGAGAACGUGAACGAGACUGUUGAGAAAGUCAAGGCUCUGAUCGGUGCUUUCGAUCUCGAUGUUGGUAGGAGCUUGGAUGUCGUUCUGGACGUCUUCGGCUCGGUGCUCGUCAAGUCGUACCGGUUCCUUGUCAAGUUUCUCCGAGCAAGUCCUUGGUGGCCGCGUCAAGCUAACCAUGGCUCACUGGCAAAUAACCCAAAUGGGCUUCCGGCCUGGGCGCUACCUGGUGUGGACGACUGGUUUUUGAGCGAUGAACAGAAACUCGCCAUCGCCCAACAGAACCUUAUACGCGACUCAAAUUUUUGGGAACAAGCUCGGGAACAUGGUCUCUCUGCAUUCUACCGACUAGGCUUACCAGAAGUUGCAGACGGUCAGGUUCCUCCGGAGUACAGCAAUGACGAUUUCGCGAAAUCCUGGGUUCAGGAAACCGGCACCCGACCUCCAAUGGGUAACAGGGAUGCGGCCCAACUCCUUGGCUUUAAACUUCGCUUCUACUCAUCCUCACCAGCUCGGGACGAGACCGAUACACUUCCUGAUAACCUCAUGUAUCUGUCGGCGUUGUUGAUCAAGAUUGGCUUCAUCUCCUUGAAAGAUCUCUAUCCCCAUCUAUGGAGACCAGACGAAUCAAUGGAAGAGCUUCGAGCCCAGAAGGCCAAGGAAAAGGAAGAAAGAGAAAAAGCGGCCCGGCCAGGUGCUGGAGCUAAGAAUGCACUGUCUAUGGCUGCUGCUCUUCCAGACGAUACUUUACCGGCACCAGUCAAUCGCCUGAGGGAUGCAUCAACGAGAGCUGCUACUCCAUCAAGGGAGUCUGAAGCGGAAAAGUCGACAAAGGACGCGACCAGUGAACCUGCGGAACAGAAGAUCGCCCUCCUAAAGGCCCUGCUGGCUAUCGGUGCGCUUCCAGAAGCUUUGUUCAUGAUUGGGCGCUUUCCGUGGGUCCUUGACCUAUAUUCUGACCUUCCGGAAUACAUCUUUCGCAUAUUAAACCACUCAAUCGACGCAGUCUCUGAGUCAUCUCGACCUCUUGCGACCCGGGACACUUUGGAUCAGUCCAAACCGCUGUACGAGACCGAUAUUCCAGGUGUUUCUAAAGGACAAGUCAAACUCACCGACAACCCGGAGAGAAAGGUGCUGAGAUGGGCUCAGCUUGAUAAGGCCGACAGCUCGGAUGGCAACAGCUAUCGCUACUACUGGGAUGAGUGGAGUGACCUCAUCCCUGUUUGUCAAACCGUGGACGAUGUCUUCACUCUUUUCGAUACCCUACUGCCGCUCGUUGGCGUCAAAAUUGGUCAAGAUCCGGCACUCGUGAGCAAAAUUGCUCGCAUCGGCAAGCAUAGCUUACAAGAAGAUCCCUCAGAACCGAACCGAGAUCGGUGGCUCGACCUUUGCAAAAGAGUUCUUCUUCCUUGUGUCAGCCUGACCAAAGGCAAUGCAGGCGUCGUCAAUGAAGUGUUCGAGUUGUUGACAUUUUAUCCAACCCGAACGCGGUUCCUGCUCUAUCUCGAAUGGCGUGAUGGCCGCACGUCUCGAAACCCAGAUAUCAGGGCAGCAGUUGAACAGGCAAGGGCAGAAACAUUGGAUAUUCUCAAGCGUAUUUCGAAAACCAAUAUCAGGCCGAUGGCUAGAGCGCUGGCGAAGGUUGCUUACGCCAACCCCCAUAUCGUCACUUCAGUGGCUUUAAGACAAAUCGAAUCUUACGAUAGCAUUUCGGCAGUCUUCGUGGAGGGAUCCCGCUAUUUCACAGAUCUGGGCUACGAUGUCCUAACCUGCAACCUGAUAGGCUCGAUGUCCAAAGCCGGUCGCAACAAGAUCCAAGACGGUGGCAUCUUUGUCAGCAGAUGGCUCACGGCACUGUCGAAGUUUGCUGGAGACAUAUACAAGCGAUACAACAUGAUGAAACCCGCACCAGUCUUGCAAUAUGUGGCUCGCCAACUUGACCAGGGCAAUACCGGCGACCUAAAAAUGCUCGAGAGCAUUGUUACAUCGAUGGGUGGCAUCGCCAAUGAUACAAGCUACAACGAGGCACAACUGCAAGCGAUGGGAGGAGGCCCACUGCUCCAGUCUCAAACCAUCUUACAACUUCUGGAUCAGCGUCACGAAAAGUCAGUCCAAAUUACUGCACGACGUCUCAUGGGAUCUCUUCAUACGACUGAGCUUAUUGGGAAGUUCUUGCUAUCAAUGGCUCAGCAGCGACAGGCUUGUAUCUUUCAGGAUCCGGAAGUUCCGCUCAAAGUUAUCGGCAAUACCUACGACGAGACUCAAAGAGUCCUCGCGCAGUACUUGGACUUCUUGCAGUACAACAUGGGCCUGGAAGCGUUUGCUCAGGCCGUACCUGAUGUCGUUACUCUGGUCACUGAGUAUGAAAUUCGACCUGAGAUCGCGUUUUGGAUAUGCCGGUCCGUCAUCGCCAAAAACAUCGCCCAUGAGCGUGAGAGGCUGGAUGAUACUGCUCUGACGGCUCAAGAGUCAAAUGGGGACAUUGACAUGAAAGACGAUGCCAAUGAAAGCUCUGAAGAAGAUGGCGAGGCUAUCGAAGACGAACCAGAGACGACUGCUGCCACUCCUACUGCUGACGAUAUCCUCAAUGCAUCGACAGAGUCCGAGCCGAUCGAAGCAUUGGUCCCCGCGAAUGGUGAUGGUCGGCCUUGGCAUCCUGUCUUGGAGAAAAUCAUGGACCAGCUCGCCAGCAAACUUCCCGAAGAAGUGGUUCAGACAAUUGGUGUCGGCUUCUAUGUCACCUUCUGGCAAUUGUCGCUCUAUGAUAUCACCAUACCGAAAAAAGCCUAUCAGGACGAGAUGGCAAGACAGAAGAAAAAGCGCGAUGCCGUCAAGGCUGACCGGUCCAGCUUGAGUUCGAGCGCCUCCAAGAAGAAAGAAGAGCAACUUCAGGUCUUCAGCCAACUGAUUGACGAUUUGCUUGCGGAGAAUGGACAACAUGUUAAAGCCCAACUCGCGUGCCGCAAGCGCCUAAAUGCCGAGAAAAUGGCCUGGUUCGCCGGCCAAUCACGCAGUGCGGAACACCUCAACGCUGCGCUGAUGGAGUACUGCUUCCUACCAAGAAUAAUGGCCUCUGCGCUCGACGCAUACUUCAGCUUCGCAUUCGUCAAGUAUCUUCACGCUAUGGGAACACCCAACUUCCGAACACUUGGGUUUUACGACCUGCUUUUCAAACCCGAACGCCUGAUUUCGCUAAUCUUUAUGAGCUCGUCAAAAGAGGCAGAGAACUUUGGCCGAUUCUUGAAUGAGCUGCUGAAAGACCUCAGUCGCUGGCAGAAAUCGAGAUCCACAUACGAGAAAGAGGCUUGGGGUACCAAGAAGGAGCUCCCAGGCUUCGCGUUGAAGGUAGAGGCUGGUAAGCCCGUCCUCAUGCUCGCUUUCGACCAAUUCAGAAAGAUCCAUUACCGCUGGCAUAUUGCCCUCCACACAGCGUUCCAGAAAUGCUUGAAGUCACCAGAGUACAUGCAUAUUCGCAACGCCAUUUCGGUUCUGUAUGCGGUCUCCGAAGGAGGGGCAUAUCCUGUGGUCAACAUUCAUGGUGUUAACCUUCAAACCACUAUCGACAAACUGCGAAGCUCGGAGAUGCAAGACCUGGUCACUGCCUCCACGUCCCUACUUUCGGGCCUCAAACGAGGAGAGAAGCACUGGAUCUCACCUGGGGCGUUCUGCCCGGGCAUGCAACAAGAGUCAACUCCUGUUCCACCAACGAACAAAGAGGCGAGUGCGGCCAAGUCGACCGAGCAGGCUACAGGCAAGUCCGAGGAUGAAGGUGGAUUGAAGAAUGCAGCCACGACCGAAGGUGAAACCAAGCCAGUGCUGCAGACCGGAGAGCAGAAGACGACUGACACGAAGUCGGAGGACAAAAGCAAACUCCCUUCACGACCGCCCAUCAAUGGAGAGUCCACACCAAGAGCUAAGGAAGAGCGAAGCUCGAGCCAAUCUCGAUCUGGUCAUCUGGAAGCCCCGAAAACAUUUCCCAAGAGACCGUCCCCACCGCCACGACAUGCCGCUCCUGCAAGCCUACCGAACCGGCCAGAUCCCUCGGAUCCUCGUAAUGGUCACCGUGACUCUGGGAGGUCAUCGCGGCCACCGCCAGAAUCAGUUCGCCCACCACAUCCUCGUGACGCUCGAGAUCCUCGUGGCGGCUAUCGUGCCCCUGAAGGCUCUUAUGAAGACUUCGAGCCGCGGCCUGCUCGAAGAUACGAGCGGACCGAUGCCCCAGUCCCGGGCAGUCGCGAUGAUAGGGGCUAUGGCCGAGACCGGGAGACUGGGAGGGGUCAUGAGAGGCCGCGUGACAUUGACCGUGACCGCCUUGCGGAAAGAGAUCGUCCACCGACUCAGCCGCAUUCACGGGAACGAGACACGAGUGAGCGUGCUGCUAGAGCAGGUCCUCCAUCGAGACAGCAGCAUGAUGAGACUGGCUCCCGGCCCUCGUCUGCAGCUCCAGCUAGACCUGGGUCGUCACAGUCUGAUUCUCUCAACCCCGCAAGAGCUGCUAUGAUGGGCAUGGGCUCCGACACCGUAUCACCGGGACCCGCUCGAGGUCCAGCAAACGACCGACCUCAGCGGCCGGGUCGUGCCCCAUCGCCUCGGCGCGGUGAUGAACGCAGAGGACCUCCCCGUAACGAGCGUGAUGCCCCUCACCCGCGCGACCCUCGUCCCGACACACCAUCUGGACGCCAUGUCCCACCUGCCACCGGCCCUGCAGGCCGCUCUGAACACGGCACAAGACACCCGCGCGACAAUCGUGCGCCCUACAACGCGCCUGUGGACAUGGAGCAUGGAAGGCUUGAACAGGAUCCGAACCACCGGCCGCCUGUCAGAACGGAUCGCAAUGCAGAGCCUGAGGUACCUUCUGGGCCACGCGGUCGCGGACCAAUGUCGGCACCUCGUGGCAGAGGAGCACCCGCAAUCAACACCCAUGCUGCGCAGUCUGACCGGGGCCCUCCUCCGACAGGCCCAUCUGGUCGCCAUUCGCGUGGUCCGUCCAACGCUGAGAACACGUCCGCUCCACCUGCUCCUGACACAAGCGGUGUGCACCCCUCUCGACGUCUCCAUAUACCUUCGCCAACUGAGCCCUCUCAUACCGGCGGGCCUCUACCAAGUGGUCCAUCCGGCGGUGCCCGCAGUGGCGCCCCAGCUCACGCGCCAUCCGGCCCGUCGCCCACAAGCCGUGGCCCUCCAAUUGGUCCAAAUGGUGGUGGCGAUGGCUUAGGCCGUGGCUCGCGUUCCUCUCGGAGUCAGAUGACUACUGUCAACAACACUCUUGCCCAGGCAGCUCAUCCAUCGUCUGGACGUGGUGGAGGAGGUAGCGGUCGCGGUGGUCGCCCGCCCAGCGGCGCCAUUGGAGGACAUGGUGGUCCUCCGCCUCCUUCUGGACCGGAGCGUAGUUCGUCGCGAAGUGAGAACUAUGGCCAGAAUGACCUGUUCGGCGCACACGGCAAUCCGAAUGAUGUCCCAAUCGGGCCGAGACCUACAGCUACGAGACAAGAUAGCAUACGUGAGCGUCGUCCUACUGAUGGCGAACGUGUCGAACGCGGUGAAGACCGACGGUCCAGCCGCAGACACGAUGAUGGUCGUAGCGAGCGUGAGCCACGAGACAACAGACCUGAGCGCGAUGGGCCUCCCCGCAGGGACGAUCGUCCUCGACGUGAGGAUCCGCAGCACGUCGACGACAGAAGUGGCAUGAGGCCGUCGUACCGAGGCGGGCCGGGUCCAAGAGACGACGGUACGAUGAACAACCGCAAGCAUCCCAGAGGUGAUGAAGGUGGUCCUGGCGGGCAGUAUUCUGGCGGUGGAGGCGGUAGAGGUGGCAGCCGUGUCGCGAGCGAGAGCAAGCGGCCUAGAAGGGGAGGUUAG